AUGACGUCCACCGAAGAGAAACAGGCUAUACCGACAGCCUCUCCCGAGAGUAACGGCAUCUCCGAGCUGCCACAGCCGCCAUUGACUUAUAAGCAACCCUUCGAGAGGAUAACCGAGCCGACAAGGCCAUUGGACGUCGUGUAUCGAUCACCAUCUCACGUGUCUGGCCCAGACGUAUUAGGCCCAUCGUCGGUACCGCCGCCGACACCGCCGCCGUCUGGACCCCACGAAGAAGCAGGAGAUGAAGUCUACGACCGCGUGUCGCCGCACCGCAAGCAUGUCAUCGUGACAAUCCUAUCGUUUUGCGCUUUUCUGGCGCCGCUGUCAAGCACGAGUGUUCUGGCUGCUGUCCCCCAGGUGGCAGAGACAUAUCACACGACCGGGUCCAUCAUCAACGUGAGCAAUGCCGCGUACAUGGCGCUGAUGGGUAUAUCGCCGGUGGUAUGGGGGCCCAUGAGCCAGGUGUUUGGCAGGAGACCGAUGACACAGUUAACUACGGUGUUGUUUUUCCUGCUGAGCAUAGCUACUGCUCUUGCCCCAAAUCUGGCAUCCUUCUUCAUCUUCAGAGCUCUCUCUGCUUUUGAAGGAACUGCCUUUAUUUUACUGGGAGCAGCUUGCAUCGGCGAUAUAUAUCGCCCUACGGAGCGAGCAACAGCUCUCGGAUGGUUCAUGUCUGGAACGCUAAUCGGCCCUGCCGUCGGCCCCUGUAUAGGUGGCAUCUUGGUGACUUACACGACGUGGAGGUCCAUAUUCUGGCUGCAGACGGCAUUGGCUGGCACGGGAGCUCUGGGCGUCUUCUUUCUUGUGCCGGAAACCAUCCACCGCAAAGCAAUUGACGACUUGCAAGACCGCUCCAGGAAAGAAAAGGUCAUAGCUAUCCUUCACAUGACGAAUCCGAUUCGAGUGAUGCGCCUGUUCAGAUACUGGAACCAGGUGUUGGUGGCAUUUGCCAGCUCAGCACUCGUCUGGAACAUGUACAGCUUGCUCACGCCGAUUCCUUACGUAUUGAACCCGCGGUUUCACCUGGAGUCGCCGUUGGUGUCGGGGCUCUUCUAUCUAGCCCCUGGCAGCGGCUACCUCCUGGGGACAUUCAUGGGGGGAAGAUGGGCAGACAGAACGGUCAUGAAAUGGAUCAAGAAACGCAACGGCGUACGCAUCCCAGAAGAUCGUCUACGGUCCGCAGUGCCGUUCAUGGCAAUUCUCAUGCCGAGCUGUAUCCUGGUGUACGGAUGGGCGGUUGACAGGGCCGUGGGUGGCAUUCCGGUUCCGGUAAUCAUGCUCUUCCUGCAAGGCGUCGGCCAGCUCUUUUGCUUCCCCUCUCUCAACACGUACUGCUUGGACGUGAUGCCCGGACGCGGCGCAGAGGUGACGGCAGCAAACUACUUUGUCAGGUACCUGGCAGGAUGCGUGGCGACAGCCGUGGUCCUUCCAGCCGUGGAGGGCAUUGGUGUUGGCUGGUUCGAGACGAUAUCAACUGGUUUAGUGAUUCUCUCGACCAUCGGAGUCAUGGCCACCAUUCGAUGGGGCAAGGAAUGGAGAGAAAAUAUCGAUGCUAAAAAGAAAGGCCCAGCCAAUGAUGAGGCCGACGAAGUGACGGACGUGGACGACAGUCAACAACAAGAGGAAAAGGCCGUCGAGGGUGAGAAGCCAAAAGAAACUGUUUGA